AUUAAGUUAUUUUUAAAGAAGAGAAAACUGUCAACGGAUUCGCCAUAAGUUGUUCUUCAUUUGUGAAUUUGUUAAAAAAGUAUAAGCAUGAAUAAUCGCGCUCAAAUUAACCAAGGAAAAGAAAAUCCUACAAAAUCUUCGAAACCUUUAAUAACAGCAAAACUUCCUUUACAUCCUUCGACAAAUCCUAAUCAAUCAAGUUCGGACACAAUAAAAAAUCCAAAUUUAGUAAAUAUCAAACCAAUAACAAAACCAACAAGCAAUAACAGUCAAUUCAAAAAACCCAUUCAACCAAUAUCUGAUAAUUCAACGGCACAAAACAAGUUUGAUGCAGCAAAUGAAAACGGCGAUCAAAAAAGUAAGAAGAGCUGGUCGUUGGUUAAUUUUGACAUUGGGCGUCCUCUUGGCCGUGGAAAAUUUGGAAAUGUUUAUUUAGCAAGAGAAAAGGAGACUAAAUUUGUAAUAGCACUUAAAGUAUUGUUUAAAAAGCAAAUUGCAAAUCAAGAAAUUGAGCAUCAAGUUCGUCGGGAGAUUGAGAUCCAGAGUCAUCUUCGUCAUCCAAAUAUAUUACGUAUGUAUGGAUUCUUUCACGAUGAGCAACGAAUUUAUCUCAUUCUUGAGUAUGCAUCUGGUGGAACUCUUUUCAACGCCUUAAAAAAGGAAACUCGUUUUGAUGAAAAAAAGUCUGCAAGAUAUAUUAAAUCGCUCGUCUCUGCGUUAAUUUAUCUGCAUGGAAAAAAUGUCAUUCAUAGAGACAUAAAACCCGAAAAUUUGCUAUUGGGUCAUGAUGAUCAAUUAAAAAUAGCAGAUUUUGGAUGGAGUGUUCACGAGCCAAACUCCAUGAGAACAACUCUUUGUGGCACUAUGGAUUACUUGUCACCAGAAAUGGUUUUAGGAAAGCCACAUACAAAAGCAGUUGAUUUGUGGAGUCUCGGAGUUCUCGCUUAUGAAUUACUUGUUGGUGCAGCUCCAUUUCAUCAUGAAGGAUAUGACGGAACAUAUAGAAAAAUCAUGAAAAUUGAGUAUCAUGUUCCAGAUUAUAUAAGCAAGGCAGCAGCCCAUUUUAUAUCCAAAUUGAUUGUUCUGGAACCGGAAAAUCGUAUGCCUUUGGAGAAACUUCAGGCACAUCCUUGGUUCACAGCUAAUAAUUAAUUCAUAAAAUAUCAGAUUAUCUGUCACAUUUAAAAUUGUUUAAUGUCAUCAAAUUUCUUAUCGUCAUAUUCGAGUAUUGUCUUUAAACUUAAACAUUAAUUUUUUUAUCAGUAAAUAAACAAAAUUGUAACGCAUACGACAUAAAAAAUUUGAAAAGAGCUUUGAAGUGUAGAAGAGCGGAAAAGAGUGUAGAAGUAUCGAAAACUUUGAAUAAAAUGUGUAAAUAAAAACAAUUUGUCAUUUUUAUUGAAAACUUAAUUAAUAACUAAGUAAUAUGCUAUAAAGUUGGAGUUUUGUGGAACAUUCAGUUAAACUCAAUAAAAACAAUUAAAAACAAUUGAUAAUUAAACUCUGAAAUGACAAAUGAAAUAAAUUUAUCUAUUGCAAUACCUUUUGUUAACAAACGUGCGGCAGAAAUUGCUUUUCAUGUUCUUAAUAUUGAUUCAGAACCCAAAAGAAGUCAAGUUAAUAAACAUUUCACUCUAGAGGAUAACAUUCUUAAAGUUAAUUUUAGUGGCGAAAUAGCAAAAAAUGUAAGAGUUAGUGCAACAUCGUUCUUUGAAUCAUUAAUCUUAUGUUGUGAAACCCAAAAUAUGUUUAUUUCUACAACUUCGGAGGAAUAUAACUUUUAUGAAUAAUGGCAGAGCAAUCACCUUCUCCUACUACGUCAAGAGGGAUUUACGGAUUUGUAGUAUUUCUACUCUUUUCAACGCUUCUGAUUUUGUACUGUUUAUGGUGUUUCAUUCCACUGGAAGUUUUUGAGAAUAAUUUAGACAUCGAACUGCCUAAUAAAUACUUUGCAAUUUGUAUUCCAUUUCUUGUUAUGAGUGGAGUUUAUAUUUUUGCAUUCUUCAUCUAUCCAUCAAUUAGCUUUAUAAUGACAACGAACAUCGAUUCAAUUUAUACAAUAACAGAUGAGAGUUCAAUCACCCGAUGCCAAUACGAAAACAACAACAAAGUUUGUGACAAAAAGAUUCGAAAAGACUUGAAAUCAUGGGAAAUAUCAAAAUCAUGCGUGGAUCAUGAAAAUCUCAAUUCAAGAGACUUGUCAUGUGAUUGCAAUCAUAAAGGAAAGUGCAUGUUUGAAAGAAAUCCAGAUUUAAUUUUAGAACUUCAAAACCAAGGCCAUCAAUUGAAAAAUUCAUCUGACAUGGACAUUUCUGAAGUUUCAAACGUUUUGUAUGGAAAUUCUCGUUGAAAUAUUUAAAAUGAUUAUAAAGAGAGUUUUAUAUAUUUAAGGAGAUUUUUUGCAAGAAAAUAAAGUGGAAUAAGAAAACAU